CCCAUCGUGAGCGGCGACGGAACAAGUCGCCUCAUCUGCGCGCAGCAAGAAGAAGUUUGUCUUCGCAGAAGUGCUUCUUUGGAGAGACAUCCGAGCUCUUGACAGGGGCCAGCACAAAGUCAACACACGCCCUGCCCCAGUACGCCAGCGCUUGUUUUGGCUCCAAGACCUUUUUUUCUUUGCUUUUCUUUUCUUCUUCUUCUUUUUCUUCUUCUUCUUCCUCUUCUUCUUCUUCUUCUUCUUCUUCGAGUCAAGAACUGUGAGUCAGCCGUGAGAUGACCCUGUCCGGAGGCAGCGAAAGAGCCAGCGGCAUGUCGGGCCAGACGGUGCUCACAGCCGAGGACGUGGACAUCGACGUGGUGGGCGAGGGGGACGACGAAUGCACGGAGCGGGACAGCGACCUGAGCGACAGUCCCGGGGCGGGCGUCCUGCACGAGCUCCGCGACGACGACGACGACGACGACGACAAAGACGACAUGAGGUCCGGCGGCGAGAGCUCCGGGGAAGGGGAGCCCGGCCCCGCUAAGGGAGACGAGCAGAGCGCCUGCACGCCGGGAGGUCCCGCCCUCCAGAAGCCCAAAAGCAGUCUGGUGAAGCCGCCGUAUUCGUACAUCGCGCUCAUCACCAUGGCCAUCCUGCAGAGCCCCCAGAAGAAGCUGACCCUCAGCGGCAUCUGCGAGUUCAUCAGCAGCCGCUUCCCCUACUACCGAGAGAAGUUCCCGGCCUGGCAGAACUCCAUCCGCCACAACUUGUCUCUGAACGACUGCUUCGUCAAGAUCCCCCGGGAGCCCGGCAACCCCGGCAAGGGCAACUACUGGACCCUGGACCCGGCUUCGGAGGACAUGUUUGACAACGGCAGCUUCCUCAGGAGGAGGAAAAGGUUCAAACGAGUUCAACCGGACGUGCUCAGGGAACAGACCGCGCUUAUGAUGCAAAGUUUCGGGGCGUACGGUCUGGGCGGCCCCUACGGAAGGCACUACGGCAUCCACCCGGCUGCGUAUUCCCACCCCGCGGCUUUGCAAUACCCGUACAUCCCCACCGUGGGGCCGAUGCUGCCCCCGGGGGUUCCUCUGCUGCCCUCGGCCGAGUUGAACCGCAAAGCCUUCAACUCGCAGCUCAGCCCGGGCCUGCAACUUCAGCUCAGCAGUCUGAGCACGACGUCCAUCAUCAAGUCCGAGCCGUCCGGCAGACCCUCCUUCAGCAUAGACAACAUUAUCGGGGUGUCUAGCUCGUCGUCGUCGUCCACAGCGGGCUCGGCGCAGGCCUUCCUGCGGCCUCCGGCGACCGUUCAGUCGGCCCUGCUGAGCGCUCAGUCCCUCUCGCUCAGCCGGACCUCCGCCGCCAUCGCCCCCAUCCUCGGUGUACCGUCCGGUAUUCUUUCGGGGCAUGUUUUACCUUCAGCCACGGCGGGCGCCGUGUCCAAAUGGCCGGCGCAGUGACACUGACCCUAACUACUACAAAACAUAUUUUUAUAUUCGGAGGACGUGUAAUAGGCAGCACUGGACGAUGUAACUAUAUGUAAAGACUGUUCGCACACGGAGAAAAAAAAAGAAAAAAGGAAAUAUUUCUGUACAGGUAAUAUUUGUAAAUACUUGUUUGUUUGUUUUUUAAAUGAACCAUUUGACUUUUUCUGUCUUUUUCUGUUGUA